AUGAGUGAAAAACAAUACGCUCGAAAAGCUCUAGAAGAAGUGAUUCGACUGGCUGACGAAAAAAUUGUGGCUACUGAAGAAGUCGUACUCAAAAAAGAGGAUGAUUUUAAUGAAUUUGCUCAUUCGUGCGAUGACACUGUCAAAGACCUUGAGCAGUACUUCCUCUCUAUUGUACGUCAGUUAGAAAAGUGGAAGCACGUAUUUAUUCAGGAGUUACAAGCAAGUACUUCUGCCGCUGCUUCUGAAUUUCAAAACCGUAAUGCUCAAAUUGGUGAAUUAGUAGGUCGCUUAAGAGAACUGCGUGAAACAUCUGCACAUAUUCUUGCUACAGAGCAGUUCAAAAACACAGAUCUUGUUUUUGACGUCCACGGAUGCAUUUUUAGCAUUAAUCAAGCAAUAGAAAAUAUGACUGAAUUUUUGGCUGAAUGCGUACCACUAAAGUUUGUUGGAAAGCUCAAUUUCGAAUCUGUUCAAAAAUCAGAUGUUGGAUCGAUGGAGCGCUUGGCUGACAACAACUACGCCGAAAUUCUUCCAAGCAAACUUCCGAAAAUCAAGUUAGGCCAAUUAUUUAAUCUAGAUUUUCGGAUUUCAAAAAAGUACUGUGAAGCCGCCAAGCGCUUUAUUACUUAUUCAGUUUCGAAAGAAGAUGGACAAUACCAGAAAGUUUGCGCUUACUUACAUGAUAACAAGGAUGGUUCCUACGCUCUAAGCUUCCCAAUCACAGCAAUCAUUCCUCACACCGUGCACAUUUACUACUUGGGGGAGCAUAUACGCAACAGUCCAUACACAAUUGUCUUUAAGGUGGGACAGAACCAGGGUGGAAAUGCGGUUGGAGUCGGUGGUCAAACUUCCGUAACAGGUUUCGUUGGCUCAUCAAAGGAUAUAAUGGGGGACGGAGCAAAUAACUCAACCAGACCCAUGGGCAAGACUGGUGACGAUUACCGUCGAAAUAAGUGGAGUACCAGUUCAACAGACAGCUCCCAAAAUAACAACAACUGGAAUCAAGUCAUGGGUUCAAACAUUUCUCCUGAAUCUAACCAAUCGUCCGAGUCGGGAGCAUAG